AAAUUGUGUUGCUCUUUCCUUUCCGCACAUAUUUUUAUCGAGUUCGGUGGGUUCCAUGUUAUAAUUGUUAAAAGAGCAUAUAUGUUCCUCCACCGGAAUGAGCCUUUUCCCGUACUAUAAAGUACAACCGGAGAAAUUCGACAGUAGUAUAAAAAGAAGCGACGAUAUAAUUAAAUUCUUUCUCAAAAUUUCGCCCAAAUUCGAUCAACAACGGCAGCGAUAUUUCCGUUCGUGUUUUCGCUCUCGUCAUCCCAUAGCUGAAGCAAGUGAGAGGUCGGAGGAGGAUGGCGUUUGAAGAGUUUAAAGCAAUCUAUGGAGAACCCAAAGCCGAAUGGGUAACGAACUCAUCGGUUUUGGGUUCGGUUCCAUUACGUCGAUUCUUGAUGCAUGUCUUUGCCCCUGAUUACUAUCACCUCAAAUUUCUUGCAACUGAUUUUCACUCCAAUACAUUCCACGCUCUUAAAUCUGUUGUGCAGCUCGAGGAUAUGAGGGACAGCAUUGGAAUUGGGGGCUCCUGGUCCGAUUUUGUUGACUACAUUAUAGCUUCUGUUAAAUCUGAGGACGUGAAGCUUGUUCUGGAGAAACGCUCUGACUCAGAUGGUCCAACAUGUGCCAAAUUAGUCGCUCAGAAAGCAAAAGGAAUGCCUGUUAUUUCCAUUUCUCUCACAAAACUUGAGGACUCUGCUGCAAAUAAUGCUUUGGAGAAUUUGUCUUUCAGUCUAUUCAAGGCAUUGAAAUCUGCGCAGAAUUUGGUUGUACAAGAGACUGGGCGCUCAUCACAAUUGACAAAUCUGAUAUUAGUUGAAAAGGAUGGGAGUGAAAGAAUUCAGGGCGAACUGGGAAAGAGGCAGAAGUUAGAAAUGAUGAACCCUUCAUAUAAGACAGGUGCUUCUGCUCUUAGUAAUGGUUCACAAGAUUCCCCAGAUAAGCGAUCAGCUCGAGAUCCAGCACCAAAGAAAGUUACUACUCGUGUUGUACCCGCUCAUCGCAGGGCAAAAGUAAGGGGCGUCUUUCUGCAGGAUACCGGAGAUGAUUAAGAUAGCUAGAAGCUAAGGCUGACACUGUUUUUUGCCGUGUUGUACAAUUAAACGUUCCAGUUUGGAAUUGUGUGUGAAGAAAGGAGCCACAUUUGAAGAGAAUGAAUAAGGCCUAAUACUUAGGGUUACUAGUUAGGUCACAAAAUGUACAUUUUAGGUUCCUAGCUUUCAUGAGCAAAUAUAAGUUCAUCAGAUGUUUCAACUUCAGACCUUUGUAUAAAUUUGUAUAAACGAUCAUUUCAUCAAUUACAAUUUUUUUUCUUUCUCA